UUUGAUCGAGCUGCGUCACACAGCCACCGAUUACACUGUAGAGUUGUGAUGUAGGUAGCAUCACGUGCAACCUCUCCGCUCUGAUCAACUAUCAAGUGUCGAUGCCCAACCGCGGGUCCGAGCGCUGACAUUGGCGAAGGCAGUGCAUUCGGGACCGUUGCAGUGUUUCCAUUCCGCGCCCGAGUCCACAGCCUGUCGUGAGGGCCGAGACCAACUGCUCGAGAUAUCAUGCCAGCUGUCUCGCUUCCCCCAAGAUCAAUCUCCUGGCCUCGUUUCGACAUCUGCCUUCACGCGCACCUCACCCACAGACGUCUGGACUGGAAUGUCGACCACGGAAUCUGAGACGACGCCACUCCUACGCGCCGGGACAGAGCGGGACCGGAAGGCGAGUUUUGCAUGGCUCGUCCCGAUCCUCCUUCUCACUGCGCUCGCUCGCGGACUCUCGACCUACGCCGAGUUCGACGCGUACCAAUCGUCCAUCUGCCCCACCGCACCGACCUACUGGCCAUGCGGCUCAUUCAAGCUCGCGCUUACGCUUCCCACGUCAUUGACCUCGCCCCGAUACCCACCGACCAUUCCGCCCGCAGAUGGCCAGAUCCGGGUGUACUUCGACCUGUGGUCGCACUUCGCCGCCUUCGUCGUGACGUUCCUUAGCAUCGGGUGGUGGAGCGCCGCGGGCGAUCGCGCGGGGCGGAGGACACCCCUGCUCGGCGCACUACUGGGCUUGGUGCUGGGGGAUGCUGUGCACCUGCUGCUGCAGUGGGUGUCAUUCGCGCCGACGGAUGCGGGGGAUGUGAUGUCCGUGGGAAUCAUCGUGCAGUGUGCGCUCGGUGGGUGGCUGGGGUUCACUGCUGCUGUGCAUGCAUACGCGUUCGAUGUUGCGCCGACGCCUAUUUCGCGGGUGAUGUUGUUUGGGCUGAUCGAAGCUAGUCGUUUGGCCGGGCUGCUUCUCGGCUCCGUGGUCGGCCACAUGACUGGCUGGAGGACAGCCUACAUCCUAUCGACCGCCUUCUUCCUGUUGUCUCUUGCGUACACACGCUUUGUCCUCCCUGAAUCUCUACCACACUCCCGCUCUCUGCCAGCACCUGCAGCUUCUAACGAGGGAGACUCGGCCCUCAAAUCGAUCUUCCUACCGAUAACGACUCUGUUCUUUGGAAAUGAUGUAUCCAAAACGCAUUUGCCUAGAUUCGCCACGGCAUUCUUGCUUUAUUCGUUCACGGCGGCCGGAAUGGACCUUGGCUUGGUCGAGUAUACUCUGAAUCUAAAUAAGUUUCCGUCCUGGAUACCCCUCGUUGUAUCUCCCAUAGCAUCCCUGCUCGCUCUUCUCGGGCUCCUGCCGCUUAUGACGCGCCUUUACGCUGCCAAACACGCCCACAAAUCCCCUGCCCGGGUCGGACUUUCUUUCGCCCGCACAGUCACACAGAACGGGAUCUUCCUCGACCUAGUCUCUGCGCUCGGAAUCGUGGUUUUCUGCCUUCCAGAUCAUGCUAGGGUGCUCUACGAUCUCCUCGCCAUCCUUCAUCCUCUUUCCUCCGUUGCGCGGCCGGCAUUCUGGGUACUUGGGACGGGGUACAUUGUUUCCCUGGGCAGAGAGUCGGAGGUGGGCCGGCUGCUCGGUUCGCUCAGCGUCUGGACUGGAUUCGCCGAGGUCGUUUCGUACUGCUUCUACUAUCCAACCAGCGAUAUCUUUUGGUUCUCGACGGUGCUGCUGAUUCCCGCCCUUCUGGGGCUUGUGAUGGCAAAAUUGGUUCCCAGAGAAGACGAGGUCCUCUAACACAGUCACAGUACUUUCUGUAUAGGCAGUUUGUCUCUGACAAUCUCUGGUGCACUCGAUGGUCAUGUAUGGCCGCUGGACGCAGCUGGC